UGAGAAGUCACAUGAGAAGUCAGUGCUGUACGGCGAGCUGCACACUAGAUUCCUACUGCUCUUCAUGAACGCUAUUGCUGUGGUGCUGCACUUUAGACACUAAUUGCACCUGUUUGCGAAAGAUACUUUGAGAAGGAAGCCAGCUGAGGUGACAGGUUUCCUUGGAACCUCUGUUCAGUGAGAUGAAUAUGUCAGAUCCACACAGUGACCAUGUGCACCCAACCAUGGCGCCUGCUAUCUCCGACUCUCAUGGGGACCAUAUGACACCCCCCGACACGGGCCAUGGGGAUCACAUGAUGAUGAUGCAAAUGACCUUCUACUUUGGCUACAAAAAUGUGGAGCUGCUAUUUGCUGGGCUGGUUAUCAACACACCAGGAGAAAUGGUAGGGGCGUGCAUUGGUGUGUUCCUGCUGGCUGUGUUCUACGAGGGUCUGAAGAUCGGCCGCGAGUUCCUGUUGAGAAGGAAUCAGGUGAACGUGCGUUACAACUCCAUGCCUGUCCCAGGAGCUGAUGGCACCGUGCUCAUGGAGACGCAUAAAACAGUCGGCCAGCGAAUGCUGAGUCUCGCACACUUUCUCCAGACCUUUCUUCACAUCAUCCAAGUGGUGGUCAGUUACUUCCUCAUGCUGGUGUUCAUGACGUACAACGGGUACCUGUGCAUCGCAGUGGCGGCGGGCGCCGGUCUCGGCUACUUCCUGUUCAGCUGGAAGAAGGCAGUAGUGGUUGAUAUUACAGAACAUUGUCAUUAACCUCUCUUGUGUGUAACCUCAAAAAAAAACAAAAAAUACCCAAUUCACAAUCCCAACAUGCACCGCAACUCUACAUGUGCUGAGCACUAUAUGAAUUCAUUCAUCUUGGUUAAUAUCGGCCAAGUGGCUCCAUUCUUUUUAAAGCUCUGUUUUGAUUUGUUUUAUUAAAAUUCGCUCCAGAUUUCAUAUCCCAUCCCAGUAAUCACAUAUGAGUGCACAGUCUACCUCCAUAGUGCUGAGAGCCACAACUGACAUUAUUUGUAAUAAUCAUUUCAUCUCAUGGAUUAUUACGCUCAUAAAGGUGCUUCUGGGUGUGACACAACCUAAAUAAACCCUUUGCCUUAAAUGAGGGACCACACACAUACACCCAAGAGGGCGACCGUAGACUCUAGAAGCCAAACUGGAUCUGGUGGACCCAAUAUACAAGCACUAGUGCCAGGACGGUGUGUUUUUUUUUUAUUUGUUUUUUGAGGUUGUUAUAUGGCCAAGUGUUUCAAAUCAUUGAAACUGUGGUUAAUAAUCAGCGACCAUUGUUUAGACAUAAACACUGGACUGAGUGAUGUUUGCACAAGAAAGAGAGGUUUUGGGACAAAGUCGAACUUUGCACCCUUUGGAGAGCUUUUAAGUAAAUAUGGAGACUGGUGGAAAAUAAAUCAUAUCUGAUGCCAGUGUCAACGGUUUCUUUUUGUAAUUUAAAUUUGGAACACACUGCGAUGACAGUGUACUUGAUAUCAGUCUUCUGACAAUCUUUUUACAUUAUGACAUUUUUUAAAAUGUAAAUUUGUGGCACAUUUGUGAUGUUGUGCAAAUCAUGAGCUGUUCAAGAUAAUAAGGUCAUCGCUCUGAUAGUUACAGGGUUCCAGUUCAGAAUGUGAAUUAUGUUGAAAUUGGGGAUAAUUAUGCUCCUUUAUUAAAAGGGGUGUGCCUUUUACAUAUGGGACCCAAUUAAAGUGCCCAAAGAGUGUCUCAAUUGCUUGAAAAAAAUAAAGGCCUUCUUACUGAGAAAAUCGCAAAACCACAUAUUUCAAACCAGUACACAUGUUUAAAAGUAUUUAAGUUAAAAGCAGAAAAGCUGUUCUAAAAGAAAAUAUUAACAUCAUGUUUUUGUAGCAGUUGCCACUGGUUUUGAUCAAUUUUGCAGAUUGGUUUUAAAAGCAAAGUAAAUCUUCACGAUCUUAAGUGGGAAAAACUACAAGCCUUUGUGUAGAAGCGCUGAACCUCAUUUCCAGUGCCGAGGCAAUGUUAAGAUUUCUUAGUCGGUUUACAGUUCAGUCAUGUCUGUAGAGUUUGAAAUAUAAACAGUACUGUAAUCAGUGAAAACAAAUAAAUAUUGUAUGAUCUGAAGAAU